CGGGAUACGAAGAGAAGGAUGUUGAAAGAGAGAGACAGAAAGAAAGUCAGAGAUGGUGUUAUGGAGAAACAAACGCCGUCAUGUAUGCCAGGGCGAAUAGGUCCGAUCGCGCGUCACGGCGCCUGUCAGUUGAGCGGAUAUGGACGGUCGCAUGUUUUGCUUCAUGUGUUUGGAUUCACAUGCGCAUUGUUUGUCAGAUGCAAGUGGGUUUGUGGCGUGGUUCGGAUUUCCUGCCCGGGUCGGAUGGAAGGAUUGAAAGAUUGA